UUACAAGGAAUUACGGUCUAGACAUUUGACCACACACAUGAACUAGGAAGGUCCUUUAACAUACUCUUAUAGAAUUUAUACUAGUCACAUGACCGAAGGUCCUGCGACACCAUAUAUACAAUUAAAUAUACAUAUAAACAUCACAAAGAAGAAGGAAGAGGUGACUAGGGGCUAUCUUAUCAGGAGGAUGCUACUGGAACGAAGUAACUCUGACUUUGGGGACCACCAUACAAGGCGGUGUGGCCUGUGUGGUCAGUGGACAGCCCUUUGACACAGCCAAGGUUAAGAUGCAGACUUUCCCAUCAAUGUAUCGAAGUUUUAUGGACUGCACAGUGCGAACAUACCGUGUAGAGGGAAUGCGUGGGUUGUAUCAUGGCACCGUUCCGGCUUUGUUAGCAAAUGUCUCAGAAAAUGCAGUGCUGUUUGCAUGUUAUGGCUUUUGUCAGAAUCUUGUGUGUCAGGUCCUGGGGAUGCAAGAUCCAUCACAGCUUAGAGACUAUCACAAGGCUACUUCGGGCUCUUUGGCUUCUGUCUUCUCCUCACUGGUACUUUGUCCAACAGAACUGGUGAAGUGCCGUAUGCAAACACAGCAUGAGAUGCGAAUGUCUGGAUACAAAGGCAUAACAAAUAAGAGCACACCCUGGUCCAUUGUUUGUGAUAUCCUGAAAACAGAAGGUGUUUGUGGCCUCUACCGUGGACUCAGCAGCACAUGGCUGCGGGAAAUUCCUGGGUACUUCUUCUUUUUUGGUGGCUAUGAGCUGAGCAGCAGAAUUCUUAAUUCAAGUUCUGGAGAUCAACCAGGUGCACUUGUAGUCACAAUAAGUGGCGGUGUGGGUGGGGCCUGUUUUUGGCUCUCUGUAUAUCCAGUGGACUCUGUGAAGUCAAGAAUUCAGGUUUUGUCCAUAGCGUCUCCCUCUGGGGGUUUCUUGAUUUCCUUGCUGCACAUAUUAAAGAAAGAAGGAAUCCUCAACCUGUACAGUGGACUGAUGCCCACUGUCAUCAGGGCAUUCCCUUCCAAUGCUGCUCUCUUUUUGGCCUACGAAAUGACGAAAAGGACUCUAACAAAAUGGUCAUAUAAUCAGAACUGAAUGAAGAAGACAGUUACUGCAGCCUUUCCAUUGUUUUUCUACCCUGGUUCCCCCUGUGUUAUGUAUGUUUCUGUCAUAUUAACGUGAUUCCUUACUGUUCUAUCUUUAGUGAAGACUAAAUAAUGUUAGAUUGAAUCCUUAAAUACUGUUCUGCCUUUUCACUGUUUUAUACUGGUGUGUGUGUAUAUAUAAUAAACUCAAA